CAAUGAAAAGCGGCGACGGGAGCAGGAGAACAAGUAUUUGGAGGAGCUGGCAGAGCUGCUGUCUGCAAACAUCGGGGACAUCGACACGCUGAGCGUCAAACCUGACAAAUUACCCAGGUGUGACUACACUGAGCAGUGGGAAAAAGCUAUUAACCCGACUUUUAAUUUCUUCCCCUUUUUUAACAGCAAUGAAAAGCGGCGACGGGAGCAGGAGAACAAGUAUUUGGAGGAGCUGGCAGAGCUGCUGUCUGCAAACAUCGGGGACAUCGACACGCUGAGCGUCAAACCUGACAAAUGCAAGAUCCUAAAAAAGACGGUUGAUCAGAUCCAGCAGAUGAAGAGGUUGGAGCAAGAGAAAGCAGCUGAUGAUGAAGUCCAGAAGUCUGACAUCUCGUCCAGCAGCCAAGGGGUGAUCGAGAAGGAAUCUCUGGGACCUCUUCUGCUGGAGAAAGCAGCUGAUGAUGAAGUCCAGAAGUCUGACAUCUCGUCCAGCAGCCAAGGGGUGAUCGAGAAGGAAUCUCUGGGACCUCUUCUGCUGGAGGCCUUGGAUGGCUUCUUCUUCGUCGUGAACCGUGAAGGGAGGAUCGUCUUCGUGUCCGAGAACGUGACCAGUUACCUGGGUUAUAACCAGGAGGAGCUCAUGAACACCAGUGUCUACAGCAUCCUGCACGUGGGGGAUCACGCCGAGUUCGUCAAGAACUUGUUGCCAAAGUCUCUGGUAAAUGGAGUUCCUUGGCCUCAAGAAGCGACCAGGCGCAACAGCCAUACCUUCAGCUGCAGGAUGCUCAUCCGGCCGCCUGACGAGCCCGGCGCGGAGAACCAGGAGGCUCGUCAGCGCUACGAGGUGAUGCAGUGCUUCACUGUCUCCCAGCCCAAGUCCUUCAAGGAGGAAGGAGAAGAUUUCCAGUCCUGCCUGAUAUGCAUUGCGAGACGAUUACCUCGACCGGCGGCCGUCACCCCUUCCGAAUCCUUCGUGACCAAGCAAGACACCACAGGUAAAAUCAUCUCCAUCGACACCAGUUCCCUGAGAGCCGCCGGCAGGACGGGCUGGGAGGAUCUGGUGCGGAAAUGCAUCUACGCUUUCUUCCAGCCUCAGGGCAGAGAGCCAUCUUACGCCAAACAGCUCUUUCAAGAAGUGAUGACACGUGGCACGGCCUUCAGCCCCUCGUACCGCUUCACCCUGAGCGACGGGACGGUGCUCAGUGCCCACACCAAGUGUAAGCUCUGCUACCCCAACAGCCCGGAGAUGCAGCCCUUCAUCAUGGGCAUCCACGUCAUCGACAGGGAUCACGGCAUGCUCUCACCCCAGGAGAACACUAACUCUGCCAUGUCCCUUCCCCGGGUCAGCCCCUCGCUGAACCCCAGCAUCUCCCCCGGGCAAGGCAUGGCCUUGCCUCCCUCCAUCCCUCCCUCCAACGGCAGCAUGUUGGCCACCAACGUGAACCAGCAGCCGGGCGCCGGCCUCCACAACAGCAACUCCAGCACCAGCCAAACCAGCUUUGGAUGUUCACCUGGGAACCAGAUAGGAGCCAACGUUGCCUUAAGCCAGGGACAGGCCGGUCCCCAGAACAGUAACCACACUUUGAACCUCAACAGCUCCCCCAUGAAUAGUCCAGGGAUUACCCCACCACAGUUCAUGUCUCCGAGGCAUCGGGUCAGCCCGGGGCUGGUGGCCAGACCCAGGGUGCCCAGCAAUCCCUUCUCACCCACCAUGCCCACCAUGCACUCCCCGGUGGGCAUGGCCAACAGCGGUGGUGGGGGUGGUGGUGGUGGUGGCACCGGUGGCACCAGACCCUUCCCCAGCGCUCCUAUAAACUCUAUGCAGGGGUUGGCUGAAGGUCCCAGCACGCCGGUGGGCUACUCCACGCCACCCCCAGUGCUGAGACAGCUCAGCUCCCAGAGCUCUCCUGGCCGCCUGGCCAUGCAGCCCAUGAAAGCAGAGUCCAAGGACAGCAAAGAGAUCGCCUCCAUCUUGAGCGAGAUGAUCCAGUCGGACGGUGGGUCAGGGGAUGGCAAACCUCUGGACUCGGCCAUGCUGCACGCCGGUGACAGGCUCUCGGAAGGGGACAACAAGUGCUCCCAAGCCACCAGCCACAAGCUGGUCCAGCUCCUGGCCACCACGGCGGAGCAGCAGCUUCGGCACGCCGACGCGGACACGAGCUGCAAAGAUUCGUUGGCCUGCGCGGGCACCGGUGGCACCUUGGCCUCCACCAACCCUCCCAGCAGCACCUGCCCUUCCUCCCACAGCUCGCUGACCGAGCGGCACAAGAUUUUGCAUAGACUCCUUCAGGAGGGCAGCCCUUCCGACAUCACCACCCUGGCCAUGGAGCACGAGAAGAAGGAGACGGCCCCCAACCCCGCCACCACCCCCACGGCUCAGAGCCAGCUGCCGGGGACCCCGGACAUCAAACUGGAGCCAGAUGCCCUGAAGAAAAAAGAUGUCAAGGAUCACCAGCUCCUGCGCUAUCUGCUGGACAAGGACGAGAAGGAGCUUGCUGCAGCCCCAGCCCUGAGCCUGGACGAUGUGAAGGUGAAGGUGGAGAAGACGGAGCAGAUGGAGCCCUGUAACACGGCCCCGGUGCCACUCGCCAAACCUCCUGCCGCGGAGGAGGUCAAGCUGGAGACGCAGGGCCAGUUUGCUGCCGAACUGGAGCAGCUGGACCAGCUCCUGCCCUCGCUGGAGAAGGCGGCUCAGCUGCCCGGCCUCUGUGGACCAGAGAGGACCGAGAGCGGUGUCACCGGUGUCACCGUCAAACCGGAGAUGCUGGCGGCCCCCCUGCAGCCUGGUGCCACUGCCAGAGCCCCCACGGGACUCAACCCGAUGAGCAGUGGGCAGGGUGUGCAGGCUCCUCGUCCCCCCUUCGAGUUCUGUGACCCCCUGGAGCCAACGCAGCUGAGGCCGGUCCCUUGCCCUGCGAGCAACGGCAGCAGCCCGCACGCCCGCGGGGCGUCCCAGCAGGGCAGGGGGACAGUGACAGCACCAAACCCCUUCCCACCCGACACAGGGAUGCCUGAGCUGGAGAUGGGGGUGCCGGAUCACCAGUUUGGACAGCCGGGGAUGGGGGAGCAGAUCCCCUGGGCGGAUAACGGCAUGGCAGCCAUGAACCGAGGCACGCUCAAUAAACCCGAAGACCAGUGCAUCACCUCGCAGCUGGACGAGCUCCUGUGUCCUCCCACCACCCCGGAGGGUCGGAACGACGAGAAGGCCCUGCUGGAGCAGCUCGUCUCCUUCCUCAGCGGCAAAGACGAGACGGAGCUGGCCGAGCUGGACCGAGCUCUCGGCAUCGACAAACUGGUCCAGGGCGGUGGGCUGGAAGCCCUGACGGAGCGGUUCCAGCCCCAACAAGCCACCCCACCUCUCAUGAUGGAGCAGAAACCCGGCAUGUACCCCCAGCCUUACUCCUCAGCCUCUCCCACCACCAACCUCCCCGGCGCCUUCCCCGGCAUGGUCAGGCAGAAGCCCUCCUUCGGCCCGGUGCCGGUGCAGGUACCCCCGCCCCGCGGCGCCUUCCCCACCAACAUGGCCAUGCAACCCCGGCAGACCCUCAACAGACCCCCCACGGCCCCCAACCAGCUGCGACUUCAGCUGCAGCAGCGGCUGCAGGGGCAGCAGCAGCUGAUCCAUCAGAACCGACAAGCGAUCCUCAACCAGUUUGCAGCCAAUUCCCCCGUGGGCAUCAACAUGCGGGCGGGGAUGCAGCAGCAGAUCACGCCGCAGCCUCCCCUCAACGCCCAGAUGCUCGCCCAGCGCCAGCGCGAGCUCUACAGCCAGCAGCACCGGCAGCGGCAGCUGAUGCAGCAACGAGCCAUCCUGAUGAGACAGCAAAGCUUCGGCAACAACCUCCCUCCCUCCGCCGGGCUCCCCGUCCAGAUGGGAGCAGCUCGUUUGCCCCAAGCUCCCCCCCAGCAGUUCCCUUACCCCCCAAACUACGGUACGACCCCAGGAAACCCACCCACCUCCACCAGUCCCUUCUCGCCCUUGGCCUCCAACCCCGAGGCGGCGCUGGCGAACCGCGGCACCAUGGUGAACCGGGGCAUGAUGGGCGGCGUCGGGGGGCAGUUCGGCGCCGGGAUGACCCCCCAGAUGCAGCAGAACAUCUUUCAGUAUUCAGGAUCAGGCAUGGGUCAGCAAAGCGAACCCGCCUUCGCCCCGUCGCUCAGCCCCAGCAGCCCCUUGAUGUCACCCCAACUCCCGCCGUCGCAAAGCCCCAUGCUGCAGCCCGCCCCACCCACACCGGGCUACCAGUCACCUGACAUGAAGACCUGGCAGCAAGGAGCCAUGGGCAACAGCAACGUUUUCAGCCAAACUGGGCAGAACCAGGCGGCGCCCGCUCAGCAGGGAAUGUACAACAACAUGAGCAUCACGGUCUCCAUGGCAGGAGGAAACACCAACGUCCAGAACAUGAACCCCAUGGCCGGACAGAUGCAGAUGAACUCCUUGCAGAUGCCCGGGAUGAACUCCAUGUGCUCGGAGCAGGUAAAUGACCCGGCGCUGCGACCCGCGGGGCUUUACUGCAACCAGCUUUCCUCCACUGACCUUUUGAAAACAGAAGCAGAUGGGGCGCAGCAGGUACAACAGGUUCAGGUCUUUGCCGACGUACAGUGUACAGUGAAUUUGGUAGGAGAUCCCUACCUCAACCCAACGGCUCCUUUGGGCACCCCGAAAAACGCCGCCGGGCCACCGCCGCCGCCGCCGCCGGGCCAGCAGAAGAGCCUUCUUCAGCAGCUACUGACUGAAUAAAAUCGCCUUGCGAGGAAUGU